AUGGAUGAUUUCUUGACGUUGGGAAGAUAUUGUUUCGGUUUCAUGAUUUGCGUUGAAUUGAUGACGUUGACUUCAUUAAUCUGCAUGGUUUGCAUGGUUUACAUUGGAGCCUCUCCAAACAUUGCUUCUUGUGGAAAUGUGACAUUCGUUGAUCAAAAAGAAGCCUGCGAACGGCUUCCAAUUCUAUUGGAGACGACGAAGUGUGAACCACAACUAGAAUAUCAAUUUCUGUCUGUGAAUGUUGAGUACAAUCUGCUUUGCAAAGAUGCACAUCUUGUGAAGAAUUCGAUCUCUGUGCAAAUGUUCGGUGUUCUUGUCGGUGCUUUCUUUUUCGGACAACUCUCGGACAGUUACGGCAGGAAAUUGACGAUUCUGAUCUCUCUAUUCUGCAUCUCGGUCACUUCCCUAAUCAACGCCUAUGUCCCAUCGUUUGCCUAUUUCUAUUGGGUCCGCGUCUUGGUCGGUUUCUUCACUGGUGGGCUGUCGACUGCAAUGGGCGUCUACAUGAUCGAGAAUAUCCCGAAGAAACACCGAAUGUGGAUCUCAACAGUCAUCACAUGGUCUCCUAACUUUAUCGUUUUCCCGAUUAUUGCCUAUUUUUGCCACGAUUGGCGAAGUUUGCUGAAAGCGAAUGCCGUUUGUGCGAUGUUAUCCGCUUUGUCACUUUGUUUCCUUUUCGAAUCCCCGCGUUUCUUGAUUCAAAAAGGUCGAGUCGAGGAGGCAAGACGGGUUUUCUCGAAGAUUCGACGCAUCGACGGAGACUCAAAGCACCGCUACAAUCACGAGGAAUUAGAGGAAAUGCUGAAACAUGAGCAAAUGGCAAUCGAGAAUCGAGCAAAGAAACAAAGGAAAUACACAUAUUAUCACAUUUUGUGCACUUGGGAGAUGCUCGCCUGGACGGCCACUUUAGCAUUUGGAAUUGGCGCCACUUCACUCACCAACUAUGGCCUCAUGUUCAACAUGGAGAAGUUGAGCGGAUCACUGUAUUGGAAUAAUGUCUGGCUUGGGAUAAUUCGCUGGUCGAUGAACAUCUCGGUGGCGAUCGGCGACUAUUUCUGUGAGCGCUUCGGUCGAAAGCCGAUCAACGUGCUGGCUCUUGUCUUCAAUGGAUCGUGUCUUGUGUGGAUUUGUUGGACAUAUUAUCAAGGAACACAAAGUGACGGUGGUUGGGUGUUGCGUAGUUGUACGAUCGGCAUCACCGCAAUGUGCAGUCAGUUAUACUUGGCCAAAUUCAUGGCCUGCAACGAGUUGUACCCGACCGCCGUGCGCAAUCUGGCCGUCUCGAAUCUCUCAAUUUGGAGUCGCAUCGGCACGAUGGCCGCGCCGCAGUUGUUUCAAUUGAGUGACAUCAGUUCAUCGCUUCCCUAUGUGAUUCUUCUCGUUUUCACCCUUCUUGACCUUGCCGCUUUCGAGAUUUUCAUCCCCGAAACGAAGGGAAACGCGCUCACAAACAAUCUGCCACCAAAAGAACAACGAAUCUUCUAUCAAAAUAAGAAAAGACGGCAAUCACUUGUCACUGAAGCUAUU